AUGGCAAAGCAUUCAAUGGAAUUCCUCACAACAUAUCCAGAGGUUCGUGAGUACUCAUUCGUUAAAGAACUAACGAGUGGUGCUCUAAACGGUUCCUGGAAAGCUGUGAAUAAGAAUAAUCAAAACUUUUAUGCAAUUAAGUCGAUUUUAAAGACUUCUUUUCAAACUCCAGAGCAAAAUGCGAAAUUUUUAAAUGAAAUAUACAUCCUUAAACAAGUUAAUAACAAAUACAUCGCUUCACUUGUUGAUUUGAUCGAUGAUUCCAAUGCAUAUCACGUAGUAACUGAGCUCCCAGAAGGAGUAUGCCUUAGAGAAUAUAUAGAAACGAAUGGCCCACUUAGCGAAAAGUCUGUGAAAGAUAUUAUCGCGAAGUUAUUUUAUAUUGCUUAUUAUACCAGGGAACAGCUUGGCUUUAAAUACUGUAAUAUCAACGCCGAAAAUAUUUAUGUCGAUAGCAAUGGCACAAUGACUAAAUAUCUAUUAGGUUCUGAAAGUUCCAUCUCUUCUUCAGCGAAUAACCCUAAAAUAAUCCCGUUUUUGGCUCCAGAAUUCCUUUCUACCCAGAAAUUCCAUCCUAACUCUGACACAUGGUGCUUCGGUUGCAUUACUUUCUUUUCAUUAACAACAAGAAUUCCAUUCCUCGGAGCAACUCCUGAAGCGACAAUCAAAGCAAUAUUAACAUCACAUGAGACUAUCCCUGAUACAGUUUCUGAGCCUGGAAAGCAGUUCAUUGAGCGUUGUUUGAUUAAGAAUCCUUUGAUGCGUCUUAAUCUUAACGAUUUAUACUCCGUUAGCUUUCUUGAAAAUGUUCCAAUGGAAACUCCUCAAACAUCAAACGAAAGAAGGUUCUCUGGCACUUAUAUCGAAGAUAAGGAAAAAACAGCUCACCUUUCAGCACUUAGUCAAGCAAGAAGAUGCUCAGAAGCAUUUGCCUCUGGUGAUGGCCCAUCAGCGUUUGCAAAAAAGCCGAUGGUCAAAGUUUCCUACAAAUCAGGCUUUUCUGGACUCAAACGUACCGCUGCAAAAGGCAAGACUGAGACCCACCUCGGAUAA